AUGGGCAAAGACUACACAACUGUUGCCAAGCUGGAGGACAAAGACUGGGGCUUGGGAGACAACGCGUAUGCCGCUAUCUUUGAUGUUUACCAUCAGUUGCACUGCUUGAACUCGUUGCGAAAGGUCGUAUAUGGGGGUUAUUACAACAUGAGCCAGGCUCGCGCGGACAAAGUCAUGCAGAGGGAGCUGCACAUGAACCACUGCUUCGACAUCCUGCUCCAAUCGAUCCAGUGCUCCGGCAACUUGGACAUGAUACCACUCGUCUGGAUGUACACACAAGCGUAUCCCUUCGCAGACAUGUCCAUCAAUAAGAAAUGCCACAACUUCGACAAGUUCACCGACUGGCGCAGAGAAAACAGCAUCGACAUGGACAAGUACGUCGAAGUGAUGAAGCAGCCAGAGGGCGACAAGCCAGGCAUCAAGCAGCUGCCGGCUGCGGACAAGUACUAUGAGUACUGGGGAUAUGACAAUCCGAACCAUAAGCCGGUUUCGGAGGGAGGACUAGGGCUACCAUUGGACCAAGACUCAAACCUGUAG